AGUUUUGGUAUUUAUUAAGGUCUUUUUGGAAGUGAAAAUACACUAAAAACCCGAAAUCACUCUAUUAUACAAAACAUGGGAUUUCAAGAACGCUAAAUUGAGGAUAAGAUCGUCAACAACAAUCUCUUUUACUAAAAUCUUGCUAUUAAAAUGUCAGAAAUGGACAUAUCGCAGGUGCAAAUGGUACGUUCUGCAAAGGGCGUAGAUAUGUUAUGUGUCGACGGUUACUUAUACCAUUUUGUGGACCGUGGCAAUAAAAGAUGUCGGUGGGUAUGCAAUAAAUUGAAAAGCAAAUACCACACAUGCCGAUCACGCAUUGCGACUGUUAUAGUAGCUGGAGAUGAGACUCAGCACAAGGUAGUGCGAGUAACCAAUGAACAUACACAUGAUCGUUGUACCGAAAGGGAAAUAUCAAAAGUUGUUGAGCGAAAGCUCAAUGCAGAUUUGAUUGGCAAACCAUGUACACUUAUAAGUAAGCAUCUUAAACGAAAACAAGAUUUAUCAGCCGAACAAGACGUGGAAAGUAACGAAUGUAUACAAAGAUCUGAUGAUGGAUCUGAAUCAGACGAGUGGCCAAUAGACGACAAUGAUGAUAUGUUUCCUAAAGAAAUUAAAGCAAAGAAAAUUGUUGAAAAUUCUUUAAAUAUUAACAGCAGAGGAAAUUAUUUUAAUUUUGAAAAACAAAAAUUAUAUAUGCUCAAAACUGCGCUUGGACGUCAGAUGAUAUGUGUGGAAGGUUUCCUUUAUCGUCUAGAAUCUAAGUCUAUAACAUCAAGAACUCAUCGUUGGGAGUGUAUAAGGCAAGAUCCACCAUGUAGGGUUCGCAUUCUUACCGAGUGCCUGUCGAAUAAUACCCAUAGGGUAAAAGAUCGACAAGUGAUACAUCACAGUCAUGAUGGGUACACUCCAUCGAAACUUACCAAAUUACUCCAUAAAAACAGCAUUACUGUUCUAACAACAAAUGGCAAAAACGAUCAAUUAUUUCAUUCAAUUGAAUCUUUAGAUAUGACCGAAAAUGUAGGACUUGUACAAAGCACACCUUUGAGUAAACCACCCAAAAAACGGAUAAUAGAAAGUUUAACUGCUGAACUACUAAACUCAUCGUCCGAAGAGACAUGUAAUAAUGCGCAAGGUAAAGCCAAACGUGUUAGAACAAAAGCUCAACCAGUGACGUACACAUAUUCAGAAGACCCGUUGGCAGCACUGACAACGAACACAAAAUAUGAUUUAGAAAAAGCGAAAUUCACUUUUUUACCUUCUGCAAAGGGACAUAAAGUUUUAUGCCUUGACAAUUACAUCUUUCAUUUGGACACUCGAAGUCCGCGCAAUGGUCGCGCUUAUUGGACAUGCCUUUUACGACGAGAUAAAUUUUACAAAUGUAAUGCACGUGUCACAACGGAAAUGACCCAUAAGGGUCCAGUAAUUGUUCGGGUGUCCGGAACGCAUUUUCAUUCGAAUCAUUCUCAAGAUAUCAAACGGCGGCUAUGCAGAAGUUUCGUAGCGCAAAAUGCCGAAAAAGCGGGUUUUACAACAGCAAAUAUCCUAAAUGAAUCUGGUAAUCAGUUGAAUCAAGAAUUUAAAGAGAUUGUAGAAAAGUCAAAAGAAACCAUUGAACGUAGAAUUGGACAAUUAGGUAAACGAGCCGAAGAAAAAGGCUCGAAAGAAACAGUAAAGAGAUUGGUGAUAGACUUAGAUGAUAAUACAGUUUCGAGCUUCUCCAGUGAAUUAGACUCAGAUGAUGAUCAUCUAGAUAACUCAUCUACCUUACCUAAAAAUUUAAAGGAAAUGCGCGAGGACAGCGGAAAUAUUGAAUACAUAACGGAAGCAGUGUCCCCAAAUACAUAUGAGUACAUAAAAAAACAAGAAAUCAUUUUAAAACCCUCAUAUCAAUAUUUAGUACAAGAAAUAACUACGGGAGAAGAAAUGGAAGUUGAAUAUUUAGACAUUAAUGCAUACAGUAACACGGAGGACCAAUUAGACACCAAAACUUCAAUAGAUAAGGAUUAUUUGGAUAUAUCUAUAUCUCCUGAGAAAGAAAUGUUUAAAAACCCCUCUAUUGAUGAAACCAUGAAUGUGAAUAAUGUAUCAACUUUACGGUCUGCCAAGGGGCGCGAAUUAUUAUGUGUUGAUGGCUUCAUUUAUCAUUUGAGGAGUACACGGAAUAAUCGAACGUAUUGGUCAUGUAUUAAAUGCAAAGAUCCAGAACUCAAUUGUAAAAGUCGUGUAUCCACAAUCAAUGUGGAUAAUGAGAUUCGUGUUUUCCGUACCACGAAUAGCCACUCGCAUCCUGUGAUUGAGUCGGAUAUUAAAAGACGUUUGUAUAAUGAAAUAAGGAUUGAUAAAAAUGAUUCUGAAGAAAUGUAUGGUGGCACAUCAAUCGACGCACUAAAUGUAAAAUAUACCAAAAUCUUAGGCCAAGAUUCCUCUUCAAAGAAGAGAUUAGAUAAUUUCGACUCUGAAAUCGAGGAUGCGAUAGGUAUGACGAUGAAAUUAUACGCCGUCUCCGAUGGUCCACCAUCACUAGCUGUCCGCAUGGUUCUCCAUUCUCUAAACAUUCCCUAUGAAUUGGUAAAUAUUGAUUUUAUAGCAGGUGAACACCUGACUGAGGAAUACGCCAAGAUGAACCCUCAAAAAGAGAUACCCGUUCUUGAUGACGAUGGUUUUUAUUUAGCUGAAAGUAUCGCUAUAAUGCAGUAUCUUUGUGAUAAAUAUGCUCCAAGUAGCAAAUUAUAUCCAAGAGAUGCUACUAAUCGCGCUAUCGUAAAUCAUAGACUCUGUUUCAAUAUGGGGUUCUAUUAUGCUUCUAUUUCAGCCCAUAGCAUGGCGCCAAUAUUUUUCGAUUAUCAGCGCACCGAUAUGAGUCUUAAGAAAGUCAACAAUGCAUUGAGUGUGUUUGAGACAUAUUUACGAGACGGCGGGACCAAAUAUGCGGCCUCAGAUUUUUUAACGAUCGCUGAUUUUGGUUUAGUUUCGGCCACAUUAUGUUUGGAGGCAAUAAGCUUUGAUUUAUCACCAUACCCAUUGAUACAGAAAUGGUAUGAAACAUUUAAAGAUGAAAAUCCUGAAUUGUGGGAAAUCGCUAAAAGUGGAAUGCAGGAAAUUGCAGAAUUCGAGAAAAAUCCUCCCGAUCUAUCAAGCAUGAAGCAUCCAUUUCAUCCCACACGGAAAGCAAAAGUGUAGGGCAAUUAAUAUUAUAUACUGCUAUACAAUAUACAUAUAUUUCAACGCGUUUAUUUGUUUAUCGGUUAGGAAGUGAAUGGAUUUGUU